GGGCCUGCCGGCUAUGGGGCGACCGGCGUUGCUGUUGCUCGUGAUGUGUGCUGCCGGCGCUCAGGGGCUCUACUUCCACAUCGGCGAGACCGAGAAGCGUUGCUUCAUCGAGGAAAUCCCCGACGAGACCAUGGUCAUCGGUCAGGCGGGCUGAGGGUGGAGAGGCCCUUUGUUUUCGCCCGGCCCUCGGAAGUGCCCCUCCUCCCGAGCUUGGCCAGGCAACUAUCGAACCCAGAUGUGGGACAAGCAGAAGGAGGUUUUCCUUCCCUCGACCCCUGGCCUGGGCAUGCAUGUGGAGGUGAAGGACCCCGACGGUAAGGUGGUACUGUCCCGACAGUAUGGCUCCGAGGGCCGUUUCACGUUCACCUCCCACACCCCCGGUGAACAUCAGAUUUGUCUGCACUCCAAUUCCACUAGAAUGGCCCUCUUCGCCGGUGGCAAACUGCGUGUGCACCUAGACAUCCAGGUCGGGGAGCAUGCCAACAACUAUCCUGAGAUUGCAGCUAAGGAUAAGCUGACGGAACUGCAGCUCCGUGCUCGGCAGUUGCUUGAUCAAGUGGAACAGAUCCAGAAGGAGCAGGAUUACCAGAGGUAUCGUGAAGAACGCUUCCGUCUGACCAGUGAGAGUACCAACCAGAGGGUCCUGUGGUGGUCCAUCGCUCAGACAGUCAUCCUUAUCCUUACUGGCAUUUGGCAGAUGCGUCAUCUCAAGAGCUUCUUUGAGGCCAAGAAGCUGGUGUAGUGUCCUCUCCGUAUGACCCUUUUUACUUUAGUUCUUUGGUACUUUCUCCAGCCAAUCCCUUAACCACCUGGAUUUUGAGGGGGAAAAAAUGCAAAAGAAUAUGACAUGUUGGUACUAUGGCAACAAACCAUUCUGAUCAGUAACUUGUUUAACCUUGAUUCUCAUGGACACAGGACAUUGGUCCAAGAUUUCAAAUUCUAUUUUAGGGCUUAUAAGGAAUUGAAACUAAUACAAGACAAGUCUUCUCUUUUGCCUCCAGUGAUUCCCCUGUCCUCCAAAAAAUGAGCAAAUGACCUUCUGUUUUUUCUUCAUCUGAUUACACAGCAGGUGACUGGCAUACCCCACAAAGGAGGCCUUGCCUCACUGUUCCUUAGCCAGUUACUUGGUUCACUCAAUGGCUUUGUGAAUGUAAAUAAGGGGCAGGUCUUGGCCCCAGAGGAUCGAGAUGUUUUUCUAUAUAUUAGAACUAUUUUUUGAUAAAUUAUAUAUUUUCCUUCCUAGUUGAAGUGUUACCGCCUGUAACUGGCUGAAAACACCAAUCUAGUCCUUGUGCAUUCUGUUUAUUCACACGUUUUUAUAACUGCCAUGGCAGCUCUUAGGAUUUCAGCAGUCUGUGGGCCAGAAGCAGAUGUUAACAGCUGCUCUCAAGGCCAUAUUAGAAGGCCUAGCAGAAUUCUCUUGGACACCUGUGAUUCCCAUCUGAUAGGGCCUCAGAGUCAGGUAAGACAGUGAAAGAGCCAGUAUGGACAGUGCACUCUUAUCCCCCCUCUUCCCAAUUUAUUUAAGCUGUGGUAAUGUUUUCUUCAAGGGAACGAAAUUUGAUUCGUUAUUCAGAUUUUUCCAAUUAAAUAAAACGUCUUACAGUAGUUGUGUUUGAGAUAAAAUAAGAGGUUGUGGGCAGAGGAGAAGCAAAAAGGGAAAGAGGAAAAAUUCUUGGUCACCCAGGGUGGGUGAUCUGGCAUGGACCUUAGUGUGGACUGUGUUAGGGCUUGGCUUGGAUAGACCUCUUUCUGGUAAACUAAGAGUGGACAGAGUGGUUGUUUAACCAUUCUCAGGCUGACCAAGUGGAGAACAUUUCAGCAAGGACAUGUGAGGAAACUUAUGUACUUGGUUUCUUAGCCCCUGAGUCAUAAAUUUGAACAGCUAAUGAUGCCCUUCUUCUGUAUAAAAACUUUAUUAUUAGUUGCCCAUUCCUGACAUUUUAUUUCAUAAUUUUAUUAUAAAUAUAUUUGGAAUAUUAUUUAUUAAAUUACUUUAUCUGACCUACAGAACUAAAUUCUUCCCUUGUUAUUUUUCUUUGUGCCCCACACUAUUCAAUAGUUAUUUAGUUUUAUUCUUUAAAAAAAAAAUUGACAUAAUCUAAUUCUGGGUGCCACAUAAUAUAGUCCAGUGAAAAUUCUUCAGAUUUUUAAAACAGCUUUUCAGUUUCCAUGUUAGAAUUAACACAAGGGAACUUGCAAGCCUCCUGCCUAAGCCUCCUGAGCCACUGGGAUUACAGUGUGCCACCGCACCUGACUCUUCUCUCCUAUUUUACCAGGAAAAAGAAAGUGUGGGUUGGGAGCACACAUUCUUAACACUCACUGUUAUCCUAGCCUGGUUCCCCUUAUGUUAAGCAGUACCUAUCUUCAACAUUUGGUCUCAGCCUCGGGUACUUGUGAUACAUAAACUAUUCUCAACAA